UCAGGAUGACGGCUCCCGUCGCUUCAAUUGAAAAGUUGGAAGAUUGCGAAGUUUGCGCUAAAAACAAGGCAAAGUACACGUGCCCAAAAUGUGAGGUUAGGACUUGCAGUCUCACGUGUUCAAACAUUCACAAAAAGGAACUUGAAUGCGAUGGAAUUCGUGAUAAAACUAAAUUUUUGGCAAUUCAGUCUAUGACAGACUCAGACUUAAUGAGUGAUUACUGUUUGCUUCAAGAAGUCGGUAGAUCUGUUGACAAAUACAAUCGCGACCCUCUGAAACGCUGUGCCACGAUAAAUAAUUUUCUACCAAAGUGGCUGCGUAACUUGAAAAGCGCCGCAUUUCGUAGAGGAAUCAAUCUUGAGUUCAUGCCUCGAAGUUUCAGCAGAAAUAGACAAAACUCUACACGGUAUAUUUGGAAAACGAAUGAAUUAUUAUGGCGAAUUGAAUGGAUUUUUCCAGAUGCGGAAAACAUCAAAUGGACAACACAAAGGGCUUCUGAAAAUGCGAGAUUGUCUGUGUUAUUAGAAAACUUGGUGAAUCCCGAAAUGAAAAGUGGAGAAGAUCCUGAAGUUUUGAGUUUAAAGAGACUUUUGCGAUCCAAAUUGCAGUUUUAUCGUUCUGCCGGAUUAAAUGGAAUCAAAGUUCUUUUGAAGUCUGAAAAAGUUUACAAGUCUAAUAGCAGGUUUUUCGAAUUAGAUACUACGUUAACUCUACAAGAAAACUUUGAGCAGAGAACGAUUAUAGAAUUUCCAACUUUAUACGUUAUUCUGAGCCACAAUUCGGAUAUGUACGAAAUUAUAGAUUCUGAUGAUGAGGACAAGAAACAAGUCAAUAUCCAACAAAAUCCGCCACAGAGACAAAGAUUUAGAGGAAAUAGAAAUCGCAGAAAUUAUCCAGUGAAUGGAAAUUUCAAUCAGAACGAAAUUAUAACUCUACAUCAGAAGCAAGACAAAGAAGUUGAAACUACUCCUGUAAAUUUGCUUUUUCACACCGAAUUUAGCGAUUCAGAAGACGAAAAAGCCAAAGCUGAAAAGGAUAAACAAGUGAAAAAUAUGAAAAUGCAGAGGAAGAGGAAACCCAGAAGAAGUCCAAAUGAAAUAAUCCAAAAGAAAAUCCAAAAAGUCAGAGCUUCGGUAAAUGAAUUUACUGGCAUUUGUAAAUCCGAUUCCGAAGAUGAUAUUUUAGCAAAGAAGAAAAUUACUGAAGCCGUAGUACCUUCACAAAUCAACUCCACGGAAUUAGUGAAAAAGAAUGGGGAUUUAACGAACGGAAAGUCUGAAAUACAAAAGCCCUUAUCUAAUUUCUUUUUCGAUUCUCAUAUUACCGAUUCUGAAGGCGAAGGUCCUUGCGAAGAACCGAUUCAGAGGCUGAAUGAAAAUGAGAAAAGUAUUGAAAAGGAGAGUGAUAAAACUGAAAACAAUAAUGAAAAAAAUAACAAAAGUGAUAUGAGCAAAGAAAAAGAAAAUAAGGAAAGUAAUACAGCAAUUCAAAAUAUAGCAAUGAAUUACUUUAGUGCCUACAUGAGUGACACGGAAGAAGAAAUUGAAUCGGAUGUCCCUUCAAAGAGUGGAAAUUUUGAAUUGCAACUUCCAGAUAAAUGAUCGUGUAAAAAUGCAGUAUUAAAAAUUUUCCUACUUCAGGAAAGGCUUGUUUUUAUAUAUUUAGAUAGGUAGUUUCUAUGUCGUAAUUCAUUGAAUUUUGAUUUCGUGUUUGUGUGAAUUCGAUCUU